AUGGCAAGUGUGCAGCUUUUAGGCGUAUCACCAUGCCUAUAUGUGAACAGGGUUCAGAUAGCUCUUCACUUAAAGUUCAUCGAGUAUGAGUUCAUUCAAGAGAAUCCCCAUGACCGAAGUGAGCGCCUUCUUAAAGCCAAUCCUGUUCAAAAGAGAAUCCCAGUUCUUAUCCAUGAUGGCAAAGCUGUUUGUGAAUCCCUUAUAAUUGUUGAAUACAUUAAUGAUGCCUGGAAUAAUAGUUCCUCCAUACUCCCUUCUAACCCCCACGACCGUGCCUUAGCCAGGUUCUGGGCAGCCUAUAUUGACGAUAAGGAGCUUAGAGAAGCAUCCACAGCGGAAGCAAGAAAGGAAAUCAUAGGGAGAAUAUAUGAAGGCUCGGUCUUGUUGGAGGAGACUUUUGUCAAGUAUGACGGAGGGAAACCAUUUUUCGGUGGAGAUAAUGUUGGUUACCUCGAUAUUGCACUAGGUUCCCUCGAUAUUGCACUAGGUUCCCUCAUGGGAUGGGUUAAAGCGACAGAGGUAAUAUCCGGAGUGAAAUUUCUCGAUGAACUCAAGACCCCGGGCCUGGCAGGGUGGGCGGAGAAAAUUUGUUCACAUAACGCUUUUAAAGAAGUGCUGCCAGAGACUCAGAUGCUAGUGGAGAUAUAUAAAAUGUUACAAGGCAGGGGGAAACCAGCUUCUGGUUGA